AAAUAAUAUAUCCGGUUGUGGAGGCGGAGCCGUGGUGCUAUUUGAGGCACCGCUUUUCGAUGCGCCAAACCCUCUUCAUUUGGAUUCCUCCCCUGGCGGCUCUCCUUCUCCUACCCUCUCUCUCCUAGGGUUUCGCUCUAUCACUCUCCCCACCCGCCCCUUCCUCUCUAUUAGGGUUUGGGCUUCAGAUCCCAUCAGAACCAUCUAUGGCGGCCGUCGCUCCCGCUUCUGACCAAGCUGCAGAUUUGCUGCAAAAGCUGUCGUUGGAUUCUCAGGCCAAGACACAUGAUGCUGUGGAGGCUACCAAGAAGCCUCCUGCGAUUCAAUUUGGGUCUGCACAUGGUGGAGAAGUGCCGAACGUUUCGAUCCCAUCAGAGCGAUCGUUGACACCUGUACUUCCAGACUUCAUGGAUCCAAGCAUGUGUUAUCUACCAAGCGGAUACCCUUAUUACUAUGGAGGUUAUGAUGGUUCUGUCAAUGAGUGGGGGGAUGACUACCCUAGAUACGUAAACCAUGAUGGAGUGGAGAUGCCUCCUGGAGUCUAUGGUGAUAUGUAUCACCAUGGAUAUGGGUAUGCUCCUUUUGGUGCAUAUCCGUCUCCUGGUUCCUCAGUUCCUACCAUGGGGCAUGAUGGUCAGCUGUAUGGUCCACAGCAUUAUCAGUACCCAACUCCAUUUUUCCAGCCACCAACUCUUACGGGUGCACCACAUACACCAAACCAACCCCCUACUUCUCAAAGCGAGGUUUCUACUUCUGUUUCUUCUGAUCAGCCAUCCAUUCCCCUGGAUACGUCCAAGGCUAACUCAAAUGGAAUUGCCAAUGGGAAUGCAAAUGGAAAUAGUGGGUCAGCACCUCAGAGGCCAAGCCACCAAAAUCAGUCACAUACUUCGAAUGGUUCCUAUGGUAGGGGAUCUUUGCCUGGUGGAUUUCCUUCUACUGGUUACCAGGAUCCAAGGUUCAGUUUUGAUGGAAUGCGAUCACCAGUACCAUGGUUUGAUGGACCUGUUUUCUCUAAUGGGCAACACAGACCAGCUACGUCAAGCUCCAUUUCAUCUACAAUAUCACAUAAUGGGACAACUCCAGCAGCAAGAAAUCAGAAUCACCGUCCUCUUCCUCAAGUCAUGGGUAUGCAUGCCCCAAGACCGACAUCUGGGAUGGGACCAGCCGCUCCUGGUUUCAUGAAUAGGAUUUAUCCAAACAACCAACUGUAUGGCCAGAAUGCACUCAGAACUAGUCUUGGUUUUGGAUCGAAUGGUUAUGAUUCUAGGUCAAAUGGGUGCUGGGGAUUGGCUGUGGAUAGCAAAUACAAACCUCGGGGCCGGGGCAAUGGAUAUUAUGGUUAUGGCAAUGAAAACCAAGAUGGAUUUACUGAGCUGAACAGAGGGCCUAGGGCAGGACGCUUCAAAAACCAAAAGACAUUUGGACCUGUUAAAAUUGCUGUAAAGGGGCAGAUCCUCUCUUCAAUUGGGAAUGAGGAUUCUAGCAUAACACCGGAUAAGGAACAAUACAAUCGGGCUGAUUUCCCUGAGAAAUACACCGAUGCAAAGUUCUUCAUCAUUAAAUCAUACAGUGAGGAUGAUAUUCAUAAAAGCAUCAAAUACAAUGUCUGGGCCAGCACCCCCAAUGGAAACAAGAAGCUGGAUGCUGGAUAUCAGGAAGCUCAGGAGAAGGCUGAUGGAUGCCCUGUUUUUUUGUUUUUCUCUGUCAACACCAGUGGGCAAUUUGUUGGUGUGGCAGAAAUGGUAGGCCCAGUUGAUUUUAACAAGACUGUUGAGUACUGGCAGCAAGAUAAGUGGAAUGGUUGCUUCCCUGUCAAGUGGCACAUUGUUAAGGAUGUACCUAACAGUGUUCUUAAGCACAUCACAUUAGAGAACAAUGACAACAAGCCAGUGACAAACAGUCGGGACACUCAGGAGGUAAAACUGGAGCAGGGUCUUCAAAUGCUCAAGAUUUUUAAGGAACAUGUCAGUAAGACAUCCAUUCUGGAUGAUUUCAUGUUCUAUGAGAACCGCCAGAAAGUGAUGCAAGAGAAAAAGGCAAAGCAACAGCUUCAUAAACAGGCCUGGGAUGGGAAAACUUCUGAUGCUGUUGCUGGGGAGAUAGAAAAGGAUGGGGCAAGUGGGAAGCCCAGAUUGCAGAAACCUUUGGAAUCGGUUUCAAUUUUGAACAAGGAUGUGCCACAGGGUGGCCUUGGGGAACGAAAGCUAUCCGAGGAAAAUGGUGUGGUUGCAGCAGCUGGUGAUGCCUUGAAGAUUGCUAAGCCAGCAACAGAGAAGCGGGCUAUUGCGAAUGGUGUUGCUAAUGGAUGUUAGGUUGAUUGGCCCCCUCGUUCAUCAGCUGUAGCUAUUGGAAUUGUGUAGGAGUGGUUUCAGAAAACCUUUUUGUUGGCUGGGAAAAUAAAUGUCGUUAUACUUGGGUGUCCGGAACCCAUAUUUGCGAGGCUGCAGAGGAUUUACAUUUGGAAGGGGGUGGGGGGAGGGGUUGAGAUCUUGGGCAAUAAAAGCCUGCAUGGCCACUGGUGUGUGGUGAAGUUGCUGGUUUUCCUAAUGCCUUAAAGUCGGGUUACUGUUAUCUCAUUUGGACUGGUCCUUAGGUUCAGGAAUAUGGGGUUUUAUAGCUUUAAGUAGUGUACUGACGAGUUAAGUUUUUAAUUCCUUAUUUUAGUUUUGGGGUUUGGAUUAGUUUGUCCUUUGCUCUGAAUUGUCUUUUCUUUUUAAUGAAGUCUUUUCUUUUGUAAAUCUACCUUUGUAUCUCUCGGAACAAGAAGCAGAUUAGAGUAUUGCAAUAGUGGAGUUGAAAAGAGCUGAGUUUGCUUUGCA